CCAUAUCAACCUCGAUGUAACAGUACAGAGGCACAAGAAACUCUUCAGACUCGAAUCAAAUAUAGAAACACUCUUGAGAUCUGACCUCUCUGCUUGUCUCUUUGGGUCCUUCCCUUUCCUUUUAUAGAAGUACCAUAGCCUCGCUUGGAUCCUCUCACACAAAACCCGGGCUUUUUUUAUGGACCUCCUUAUUCGAUCCACAACUUCAUCAGUUGUUCACUGUAUCUAAUCUGAUGAUUCUUCAAGGGAAUUUGUAGCAUUGUCUUCAUAUUAGGACUUUGGAAAGGCAACACUGGGCAUUGCAAUCUUUAAGUACUUCACAAAAGUAUAAUUUUCAUUAUCAUUUGAAGUACUUGAAGACUACAUAAAUGAUGAGGGGAAGAUCUGAUCCAGCCCAAAAGAAGCGCGUGAUCACCAUUCUGUGUGUUUUGGCACUCUUUCUUGUUUUCCUGUAUGGGUAUUAUGGUUCCAUCUUUGGCUCUCAAAGUCAUGGUGCAUCAGCUCUAGAAUAUGGCAGUAGAUCUUUGAGAAAGCUUGGUUCAUCUUAUUUGGGUGGGGAUGAUGAUACCGAUGGCAAGCUGGAUGAAUCUUCAACAAAGUAUGGGCAGGAAGAUGGAGAUGAUGAUGUUACAGUGAAGAGCUUCCCGGUUUGUGAUGAUCGCCAUUCGGAACUUAUCCCUUGCUUGGACAGAAAUCUCAUAUAUCAAAUGAGACUGAAGUUGGACCUGUCUUUGAUGGAGCACUAUGAGAGGCAUUGUCCUUCUCCAGAAAGGCGAUACAAUUGCUUGAUUCCUCCUCCAAUAGGGUACAAGGUCCCAAUCAAAUGGCCCCAGAGCAGAGAUGAAGUAUGGAAAGCAAAUAUACCUCAUACUCACCUUGCACAUGAGAAAUCCGACCAGAACUGGAUGGUUGAAAAAGGUGACAAGAUUAGUUUUCCUGGGGGAGGCACACAUUUUCACUAUGGAGCUGAUAAGUAUAUUGCUUCAAUUGCAAAUAUGCUCAACUUUACAAAGAACAAUCUAAACAAUGAAGGCAGGUUACGUACAGUUUUUGACGUUGGCUGUGGAGUUGCAAGUUUUGGAGGCUAUCUUCUGUCAUCUGAUAUUAUAACAAUGUCCUUAGCACCCAAUGAUGUGCAUCAAAAUCAAAUCCAAUUUGCUUUGGAAAGAGGAAUUCCAGCAUAUCUUGGUGUUCUAGGGACCAAAAGGCUUCCUUACCCAAGCAGAUCUUUUGAACUUGCUCACUGUUCCCGUUGUAGAAUUGAUUGGCUCCAAAGAGAUGGGAUCCUUCUUCUUGAGCUAGAUAGGUUGCUCAGGCCAGGAGGCUACUUUGCGUACUCAUCUCCAGAAGCAUAUGCACAGGAUGAGGAAGAUCUCAAAAUAUGGAAAGAGAUGAGUGCCCUUGUGGAACGCAUGUGUUGGAGAAUAGCUGCAAAAAGGAACCAAACUGUCAUUUGGCAGAAACCACUAACAAAUGACUGUUAUAUACAAAGAGAACCUGGCACUCAACCUCCUCUCUGCCGAUCUGAUGAUGAUCCAGAUGCAAUCUGGGGUGUGCCAAUGGAAGCUUGCAUCUCACCGUACUCUGAUCAUGACCAUAGAGAAAAGGGGAGUGGAUUGGCUCCCUGGCCAGCUAGAUUGACAACUCCUCCUCCUCGACUUACUGAUUUUGGCUAUUCAAAUGAAAUGUUUGAAAAGGACAUGGAACUUUGGCGGCAUCGAGUUGAGAAUUAUUGGAAUCUCUUGAGUCCAAAGAUUGAAUCAAACACUCUGAGGAAUGUGAUGGAUAUGAAAGCACACAUGGGAUCAUUUGCAGCUGCUCUGAAGGACAAGGAUGUUUGGGUGAUGAAUGUCGUCCCUGAAGAUGGACCAAACACACUAAAGCUGAUAUACGACAGAGGCCUUAUAGGCAGUAUUCACAGCUGGUGUGAAGCCUAUUCAACAUACCCCCGUACUUAUGAUUUACUCCAUGCUUGGACUGUCUUCUCUGACUUGGAAAAGAAAGAAUGCAGUGCUGAGGAUCUGUUGCUUGAGAUGGAUCGCAUACUCAGGCCAACUGGAUUUAUAAUUAUCCGUGACAAACAGUCGGUGGUUGAUUUAGUUAAGAAAUAUCUACCAGCACUGCACUGGGAAGUAGUGGCACAAACCGACUCCAGUUCAGAUUCCGACCAGGAUGGAGAUGACGUUGUACUUAUAAUCCAAAAGAAAAUAUGGCUGACAAGUGACAGCCUCAGGGAUUCAGAAUAG